AUGUCGGUUGGAAACUGGUACGUCGACCUCCGAGUUGACCGCGCCACCGGCACGAUCGACUGGGCGAUUGCGGGGGAGCGACUGCAAGAUAAAGGUUCAAAUGAGGUCCUCUUCACCCACGAGCUGGACUCGCGAAACGCAUUCGGCGUGGCUGAUUGUGGUACCUUCUCACCUCUUCCAAACGGUGAUGAUUUGGAGCUGGGUAUUAUGCCCCGGCCUGAUAUUCCUGGUGCGCCAACUAGGAAUUAUGAGGAGGUGUGGAGGGAGUUAUCUUUCCGACACGUAGAGGGGCACUCGAAAAUGUUGGCCUUCGUUCUCGAAAGCGAGAUGGCUCCAAUACAAUUGCGGGUGGGCGAAGAAAGGGAAGUAACUCGAACCUUUAUCGGUGCGAUUGGCGGCACAUACAUCGCUCUUCGCCAGAGUCAAAUUCUUGUUCGACCUGCUGGGGAGACGAAACCUGUCGUAAAGAGUGGUGGGGAGGUCAGUGCAAGGAGCCAGGAGUUUGUCCGGGGAGGAGGAUUUGAGACCAAGUACUUGUUAGGACCAGAGGGAACAGUACUACCGGCUCGGGGUGACAUAGAAUUCCCCUUGGGCGGUUCUUCGGAGAGGCUGAUGGUUCGUGGACAGGAGUAUGUGGUGCGCUCGUUUGAGAAAUUGGAAAUGCCGACGGAUCAGCCCAUCGAUGGUCCCACUGCUUAG